AUGCCCGGCGGCGGCGAGGCCACGGCGGGGCGGCGCCGGGGCGCGGGCGCUGUGGCGCGGGAGGGGCCGACUGCGGAGGGCGCGGGUGCAGUGGCGAAGGCUGGGGGCGGCAGCCACAGCGCUUCAGGCGGAGGCGGGGCAUGGCAGCAGCCAGAGACGAGCGCUGCAGCGGCGGAAGCAGCGGCGAGCGGCCAGGGAGCAAGGCGGGCGAGGCCAACGCAUGCGCGUAGGAGCGGGGCGCGCGCGUGGGAGGCCAGAUGCGCCGGACAUGGCCGAGGGAUGGGCGCGUCGACCGGGACGACGUCCGACGGCGGCGACGUGCGGGAUCCGGCGUCCGGCGACCAAACCGAGCGUCGCGAGCACUUACAGAACGAGGAGGCCCACGCGCGUCCAACUGCACCAGUGGCAUCGGCUGGGGUGGUCGGAAAUAACCGUGGCAAAGACGACGGGCGGUGGCCGGAGCUGCAACUCGGCAAGGUCGACCGCAGGGGGCAAGGGUGGAUCGCGGGGCUGCGUGCGUGCGCGCGUCAGGCUCCUGGGAACCCCAAGAGCUCGACGGUGAGCAUCAGGCGCGCGUGA